CCCUUUUCGGAUGGGUAGUGUAAAACAGACCAGAGCAGGAAGGGGUUUUCCUUAUAGACAAGAACUACACAAGUGCGGCUAUAAGCUAUUCAUGGCUGCGGUGAGCGCUUGUCGUUGGACGCUGUGUUUGACGCUGGCUGGUCCGAUCUCCCGCCGCGAGAUUUUGCACGUGUGUCCUACCGAAACCGUGGAAGAAGUGUUCGAUCGAGCAGCCAACGCGUUCGCACCAAAGUUGAUCGAGAGUCUGAGCUUUGGUUUUCCUCCAAAGAAGCUCCAUUCGUCGAAUCAAUCAAUACAAGAGGUGGGUAUUGGCAAUCAAGAACUGAUUACAAUUCGAGUCAGUGAAGCUUCCCCAAAGAAAGUAGGAAACGCGAAGAAGCGCAAGACAGCGGCAGCAGCAGACGCAACAGUACCGAUCGAAGUCCCGAGACAAAAAUCCCAACGAGCGGCCGCCGAAAAAGCCAACGCUUCGUUUGCUGAUACUAUCCAAGCUCAAGAUGCCUUGCUUCAACUGGAAAAGAAAGGAAGACCCUCCCCGGAAAAGACCGUGUCCGGGAAGAGCAGGAAAAAUACCACCGUCAGGUUUUCAGCAGACAUUACAGAGGGCCGCCGGCUACAAGAUGGUGCUGUGGUAGCUCCCAAACGUAGUAAUCGUCGGUUUCGACCGGAAGCUCCCCGGAAUGGAUCCAGCGACGAAACAGAUCCUUCGCUGGCGCUCUUGGGGUCGUUGGAAGAGCGAUCAACAGCGGCCCGCCUUAUGCGCAAGGGUUGGCGAAAAGCUGUCAACGAUGCUUUCGAACAAAACCGAGCGGUUGCAAGGACGCUGCUCGUCACAUACCCGAAAGGUCUGCAAGGGCGCGGAGACUACGAGGAGCGUGUCGAUUAUCUUCCUCGCGACGUGCUGGUGUCAGUAAUUGCUGCCAUUCACCCCGUUAAUCCCGACGCAUUGCGGCCUGCCAAUUUGGCUCUGCUGUCUCCCCGUGUCUUUUGGUCGGUGGCCUAUCAUGGCAUGGAAUACACAAGUAUCUCGGAAGCACUCCAAGCCUUGCAACCGGAUCUAGACUGGACAUUUCUUCGUCGUAGAAGAGAGACUCUAAGCGCCAAGGCACGAGAAAAUUUACGCCAAAAAGAGGAAGUCAGUCAGACUUCGAUCGACAAUUGGGAAGCUGCAGCAGCGGCCAUAGAAUCAGUCGAGCAUGCCAUGGAGAAGGUUCACGCUUUAGAUCGAUCGCAGCGGCAAGCACGCAAUUUACAGGCAAUAGAGCGGCGUAGUGUGUGGAAGAUUCUCACGCCGGUCGAAGAAGACCUGGAUGAAUUGACAGCAUGUAUAUCGGGAGGCCCGAUUGCCGGGUAUACCGCAGAAGCAUUGGCGAAAGGUUUGAUUGGACAGUGUAUCGUUCACAAUUGGAGACAACUGGCGAAUGCCAAAACAGAGACUUUAAUACAGAAGCUUGGAGUUUCCGAUGAUGAGAGCACAAGGGCAUUGGUUCAGAAUUGGAUUGAUCGAGCACAGCAGGAGACUUUGGAUGAGAUCAUGGUGGAAAUUUGCGACGGAAAUGUUGAGGCCGUUGAGCUUUUACGUGAGUCCGCCAGGAGUGGAACUCCGAAGGAUUUGGCUGUUUGGAAAUCAAUAGCCGAAAGUUUGCAUUCGGAGCUUCAGUGUAACUCGGCCGCCGCUGCCAUACCAGAUGUGAAUCUCUUACAGAAAUGGUGCGACCAAGCGCAACAUGCGUUGGAGCAACUUGAGUGGCUGGCCUGGUACACCACACCUAUUGCCUAGGUGGAACCGUUGGGCAUGGUGCAAAAGUCAAGCGGAUGGUUUUUUUUAUUUGUAAUCGCUUUCCACUCCCAUGUUUGCAAAGGCUUUUAUUACACCGUUUCCGCCAAGUUACGCUAGCUAGCUCUAUGGACUUGGAAUGCUGCUGUUGGUAGAGAUCACCGUCAAUUUGUGGGACAUCGGCCAUCUAUGGCAGCUGUGGUAUCCAACUAGCUGAAAGUGAAAAAUCCCUUCCUGUUUUGCUAUUUGCAUGAAAAUACAUAAUGAAAUUCGAAUGGUUUUAAUUAUCGCUAUCUUUGUAAUGCUUCUGC